AUGAGAUCCACUCCAGAGUUUCCAUUCCGUGUGUUGACCCAUAACAUUCGAUAUGCCACCAGUUCCCCAUUCAAGGGGGAAGUUCCCUGGGACCAGCGCAAACAAGUAUUGCUGAACGAGCUCGAGUAUCAUACGCGUCAUGUCAGUGACACGUUCAUCUGCCUACAGGAGGUUCUUCAUAAACAACUAGAAGAUAUUCGCUUAGGACUAAAUUCCAAAGCGACAUCCGUAGCUCCAGACUGGGCAUACAUUGGAGUCGGACGAGACGACGGGCUUCAGGCUGGCGAAUAUUCGCCUAUCUUCUAUCGACCAUCGGUAUGGAAUCUCCUAGAUUGGGAGACAGUAUGGUUAUCGAAGACUCCCUCCAAGCCAUCCAAGAGCUGGGAUGCGGCCUCCAUUCGCAUUGUCACCAUCGGUGUGUUUAUUCACCGCUUAAACGGUACCACGGUCCUUGCCAUGAAUACCCAUCUAGAUGACCAGGGAUCUCAGUCCCGCUUGGAAGCCGCGCGAAUUAUUCGGGCAAAGAUCCAAGGGUACCGAAACGGGAAGUUUGGGGCCAUGAUUGGAGGUGCGUUCCUGGCGGGAGACUUGAACAGCCAGGAAGACCAAGAAGCCUAUUCGGACUUGACAGGGUCCAGUGAUUUCGAAGACACCUUUAAAUUGAUUGAUGCUUCGCGGCGAUAUGGGAACCACAAUACCUUCACUGGAUUUGGGUAUGAAAAAGAGCCGCCUUCGCGGAUUGAUUAUGUUCUCCUCGCUUCUGGCGGUAACCAGAAAUGGCGAGUGGAUGGUUACUCUGUAAUGGCCAACAGAUUCGAUGACGGGGUUUUUAAUUCAGAUCACUGUGCAGUCAUUGCCGAUCUCAGGCUACUAGGUUAG